CCAACGAAGCAGGGACAACAAGAACGCUCCUCUCUGCGAGAUAUGAUUCAACUAAAGUUCAAGCAAGAGAUGUUUGCUAAACCUCAAGAAGAAAUGUUGACUAUUCAAGCUAAAAAUACCACGUUGCAUCGGAAUGGUCAAAACUUGAGACCAGCUGCUAAAAAGGGCCCCAACUCCAAGGCACCUGGCCAUGAAAGGGAGGCAGCGGGUCACCUUGUGACCUCCUUGCCUACCGAGGAAGGCUUGCCACAGCUGGACUUGUUAGCUCUCAAGUCUCCGAAGCCUGACGUAGAAAACCAGACUGAGAUUCAAGCCCUCAGACGACCCCUGAAACUUGCCCCGCUGGAGCUACCAGAGAAGGUGAAGGAGGCUCAGAAGGAAAAGCUUAAGUUUAUCCACCAAGAACCCAACCCAGCCUCUUAUAAGCUGGAUGGGACCAAUACGAGGAAGGUAAAAUCAUGCAUGAGGCAAAGACUGGUAAAAGCAGAGGCAUUUCCUUCUGCUUCCAUUGCACCAGUCAAAGCCCAGCAGCAAAAUCAAUCAGCAAGGACACAGCUGACGCGCGCCAACCCCAUAGAGCAGAAUGGACACAAGCAUCUGGAGGAUGUGGUGUGUCGAGGUACCCCAGCUCCUCUGUGCAGCAAACCUAACCCUCCCUCAUUUUUCCCUCAAAUUAAAGCUCAGGCUGCAUGUGGCAGAGAGGUGGCGUGCCACAGCCCUGGCAACUUCCAGGAGGAGACAGGUUGGAGGCGGCUGAGGCUGACUAGAGCACAAUGCCUAGAAGAGGAUCAGUGCAAUUCAAACACGUCAACACUAGGAUUAUCAGCAGAUGAGCGCAAGCUGGUCCAAGGUGUCCAAGGCAAAGGGCGGCGGGGAGAGAGGCUUCUUCGAGGACAGCCACAUGUUGGGAAAGGCAUCAAACAGCCGCCUUCACCUGUGGCCUCCUGGGAGAACGGAAGUGCCAGGAAGAGCCACGAGGAGGAUGGCAGUAAGCAAUCUGCAAGCUGCACUCUGAACCGACAGUCAGCUGAAGGUGGAAGCAGAGAACAGGAACUUGAUAGUCUGAAGCCAAGUGCUGCUAACUGCAGAUUAAUGAGGAAAAAAGCCUUGAUCGCAAAGCAUAACAAUGCAGUCCCUCUGGAAUGUCUCUAAUAAAAUAGGAUGAUGUCAUCAUAAAGCACACACAUGCAGAGAACUGGUAUAGACCGGAAUGUACUCCAACUGGAAACCUGAUUUCUAGUAUUUUAAGCAGAAAUGUACAACAUAAUGAUUACUCUUCGGCAGUGCUUAUUUAUUUAUUUUUAAUUAACUCAAAUGUCUCCAGUGUGAAAAUAGCUGCUUAUGAAACCUCAGAGGUGUAUUGUACAUGCUGUUGGCACAAAGAUUUUCUUGUGGCCCAAGAACAGAAAAUGCAAUGAAAAAACCUGGUUUAUGAUCAGAUGUGUAGAUAGGUGGGGAGCGCAUUUGUUUUGUUAAAUUAUCAUUCUUUCUGAUUUGUUAAAGCAAUUCUGCUUUUCUAAGCAGAAUUAAUUCAACCUACCGGCAGCUACAGGAGUUUCUGAAUGCCAGCUGAGUUGUUUGUUGUUGUUCGAUCACACUCUUUAAUGUGGCUUUUGGAAACGAGCCAGGCAGGUAACAUUAGAGAUGUAACUCAGCCCAAAGUAUGAACCCGUGAUCUCACUGUCAUUACUGCCAUUAUAUACUGUCUGCUUUAUUCAUUAAAUUAUCUUUGGUAACUAAGUGCUAUGUUUGCUCUAGAAAUAAAAAGGAGACUGUGGAUCCAAAACCUCUUUCCACUGCCCCCAAGUGGUCAGAAACAGCAGUUACUGGAAGAUUUACUCCAGUGAAAAUCUGCUGCUUGGAGUCAGCGUCUUAUAAACACCAAAGGAAAAGCUUCAAAAGCUUUUUCAGGGUUAUAGUCUAUGCCAACUGUGACCUCUGGCCAGGAAUAAACAAGAAAAGUAAAACUUUUCAAACCAAACCUGCAACAAAAUCUGCUCCAGGGCUCCAGGGCUGAUAUAACUGUUUGCAGUGUUUUUGCACUCAUUAAAAAUCUGCAUAUGCAGUGCUGUCUCUUGUGGACCCGACUAAUAAGAAAAAACAAAGCACAAACAACAACAUGUUAGUAUAUUAAGAAGUUAACCUUUCUAGUAAAGAACUAGAGUCCUUGUUUCAGUGCAAUCUUCAGCAUGUUUUGGUUUCUUUCACUUCCGCAGCUAUUACGUUUUAUUGCUAUUUCUCUUAUGUUUUAUUGAACAUCCACUGUGUUCUGUUUGUCUUUGCACCAUUUUUCUAUUUGCCAGUGUUUUCUUAAGCUGCAGUGUGUUUGACCUCUGAGGGCAGUCUAAGUACAACACUACACAAGUCAACAAUGACAAGAACUAAUUUCACAGACUCUACUGAAGGGCGGCCCUCAAGAGUGACACCCUGGAACAGUAAGAAGUUUUAUGGUCUUUGUCACUCAGGUUCAGUGGCAGAUGCCAUUGAGGUGUUUUGAAACCAGUGUGGCUCACAGACGGAAUGAAAACGACUCUCAGCUCUCUGAAACUGUGACCCCUGUAAACACUGCUAGUGAUUUUAAAGCCCUAGUUGCUGGUUUCAGGUCAUACUGAUAAAAUAAUUAAUUUCUGAAAGGGAGAUUUCCCUUCCCGCUGUCUCCAAAGCGCUUGCUGAUGGGGCAUCAUGGAGAUUAUUCUGGUUUUCUCUGUUUUCUUUGUAAUAUUGUAGGAUCUUUAUCUUACAAUG